UCUGGAAAAAUGAUGACACAAUGUUUGAAUUAGACACUGCUGGUUCCGAAGCCGAUCACUCGGCUCAGCUUGCCGGAGAUUGUGUCUAUGGAGGCUCUCAUCACGUGCCAGCAUCCCUCGUCCGAUUUGUACAGCUUCCAUGGGAAAAUCGAGAUUAAGAAUACGAUUCAACAUGGAGUCAGUGGACACUUAACGACCCAUAAUUUAUUGCUCCGUGGGUCCAGAUUGAAAGACACUGACUACAUCGUCGGCUGCGCGGUUUACACCGGCCACGACAGCAAAUUGUCUCUCAAUUCGAAGAUCAGAAGCACGAAAUUCUCCACAGUCGAGAAGUCUAUUAAUAAACAGAUUUUAUUAUUCAUCACGAUAUUAACGUUCGAAGUGAUAUUCUCCUGCAUUAUGAAGAAUGUGUUUCAAUCGACGUACAAAUUGCCAUACCUCGGCCCUGAAGAGUCCAUCAACGUAGGCUCGGUGAUCUUAGACUUUCUCAACUUCACCGUUCUGUACAAUUACACCGUGCCCAUAUCAUUGUACGUUACCAUAGAAUUACAAAAAUUCCUCAGUUCGUUUUUCUUCAGCUGGGACUUAGACAUGUACGACGAAGCGACGGAUCAGCCGGCGAUGACCAACACGUCGGAUUUAAACGAGGAGCUCGGUCAGGUCGAUUAUUUAUUCGCUGACAAAACUGGAACGCUCACCGAGAAUCUGAUGGUGUUCAGGCGUUGCUCGAUCAACGGGAAGAAUUACAUGGAGAAAGAUUGUGAUGGUCACUUGUACCUGUUGCCUCCCAGCGGGAAUGAGGCGGAAGCGAUCAGAUUGACCGUCUGGGAGCCGGACGUUUGGCAUUUUAUGAUAUGCCUCGCUUUAUGUCAUACGGUGCAAAUCUCACCACCGAGCGUAAGGGCCAGCGUGAUCGAGAGGCGAAUAGAGUUUCGCGAGAGCUUCAGGAAAAAAGAGAUCACCCAAGUUCAUAGCUCUCUUCUAAUGCAUCCGAGCUUACCGGAAUACCAGGUAAAAGCAUCGUCGAUAAACGAACAGUAAAUACCUGUAAUAAACGACACCUGAGAAAUGUAUAUACACCAAUACCUCGC